AAACAGCCCUCCUUCACCACUAUCACCAACGCCGACAACCCCCAUUGAUCCACUUCCCCUCUCGCUCCGAGCCGGCUUCACACAACCAUGUUGGCUCGCUCAGCACUGCGUACGGCACGCACCGCCGGCGUCGCGACCCGCAAUGCCACCAGCAGACCAGCUUCGCGCUUUGCCUCGACAUCGGCCUCUGCCGAGGGAGCUGCCUCCGCAUGGAAGAACAACACCCUCCCCGCCGGUGCCACCAUCUUCGCCGUCGGCUCCACUGCCUGGUACUGGCAUCUCUAUGGACGCGAUGUCGACGCCAUGACUCCCGCCGAAGAAGGUCUGCACCCUACCCAGUACCCAUGGGAGCACGAAAAGUGGUACAAGACGUUCGAUCACGCUGCCCUCCGUCGUGGAUUUCAGGUCUACCGCGAGGUCUGCGCAUCCUGCCACUCCAUCUCUCGUGUCCCUUACCGGGCUGUUGUUGGCAAGUUCAUGACUGUCGAUGAGGCCAAGGUCCUUGCCGAGGAGAACGAAUACGACACUGAGCCCAACGACCAGGGCGAGAUUGAGAAGCGCCCAGGAAAGCUCUCUGACUACAUGCCCGCGCCUUACAAGAACGAUGAGGCUGCCCGUGCUGCCAACAACGGUGCGCUGCCCCCGGAUCUAUCGCUCAUGGUCAAGGCCCGCCACGGCGGCUGCAACUACAUCUUCAGUUUGUUGACUGGCUACCCCGAGGAGCCACCUGCGGGUGCUGUUGUGCAGGAUGGCCUCAACUUCAACCCCUAUUUCCCUGGUACCGGCAUUGCCAUGGCUCGUGUGCUAUACGACGACUUGGUUGAAUACGAGGAUGGCACAAAGGCCUCGACCUCGCAGAUGGCCAAGGACGUUGUUGAGUUCCUCAACUGGGCCGCUGAACCCGAGAUGGAUGACCGCAAGAAGAUGGGCUGGAAGGUGUUGGCUGUCACGAGCGUCUUGUUCUCUCUCAGCGUCUGGGUCAAGAGGUACAAGUGGGGACCGCUCAAGAACCGAAAGAUCCUCUACCAGCCACCACAGAACAAGAGCAUCCUGGACCACAUCCCCAAGCCCAACAACUCCGGCAAGACGAACCAAUAGGUGUCAAGCGGCUUUGGAUUUUGCGCGGGUUGGAAGAGUGGGUAGCGGCAGCGUGUGUGUUCUAUAUCUUGUACAGUGCCAAGUAUUUCCAACAAUAAGAUUUCCUUGUCUCGUGACACGGCUGAGGGCUGCAUGUAUGUGUGUGUGCGUGUGAGGUUCGGGUUAAUAGUUUGGCCAUGGGGCAGUUGAAGAGCAGCAGGCAACAUGGCGUCAUCCGGGGCAAUGGAUUUGUGCCUGCCGUCUGGGUUCGCUUGAGCAUGCGGCUAAGAUAGGCGAGAGCGGCACCCAGAGACUGAUGUGUAGUCUGUCAAGUCAGUAAUGUACAUAUGUUGGCGACGACGAAGACGUGUAGGGGGCUUCUCGACUAUGAUGCGGCCACGAUGGGGAACAAACAGAGCACACGGACGGACAUGU